AUGAUCUAUCGUACUUAUGUGGACGUCGACAAGAUCCUCGCCCUCCAGGCCGCGCUGGAGACCAAGCUGGCUCUGACGCCCGUGCAGGGUGUGAAGAAGAUGCACCCCGACGAGGGGGACAAGUUCUUCUUCGAGGACUGGAGAUUCGUGAGCGGUGAAGCCGAACAAGAUCUUUAUGACUCGCUGCUGGACAGGAAGGUACUCAACUGGACCUCCAGAUCGUACACACCUCACUUACCGUUCUCUGGUGUCGAUUCUUCUCGCCAUAAACGAUCCUUCCAGUGUCCGACGGGAACGACCAGCUGUGAAUCCAUCGACCGGGCAGGUUACUGCUGUGGAACAGACGAUGUUUGUAUCCUUGUGCAGGAAACGGGGUCUGGCGAUGUGGGCUGCUGUCCCGAGGGAGAGACCUGUUCGGAUAUCAUUGGGAGUUGUCGAACAGGCCUUACGGCCUGUCCGGAGUCGGUGGGGGGUGGGUGCUGUUUGCCGGGGUAUGAGUGUGUGAGUGGUGGUUGUGCAUUUGUUUCUACAGUGACUGUGACGGUGCAUUCGACCUCCUCUACUUCGACAUCAACGUCUACUACAUCUUCAAAAACUACGACAACUACUUCAUCUACUAUCCCAAGUACGACAUCGACUAAUCUGAUCGCGCCAGCGCGGCCGACAGAGUCGACUGCGUCCACAUCUAGUAUCACGAGCACCAAAGCCACCAGCACAAGCACUCAUAAAACCACCGCGUCCGUCUGUCCGACCGGUUUCUAUGCCUGUUCGGCUGUCUACCAGGGCGGAUGCUGCCGUACCGGGCGUGACUGUGACACCACCUCAUGCCCGAUCACCUCGUCGUCCACGAUCGUCUCCGACGGCGUCACUGUCGUCGUCCCCGUCACAACCUCUACCAACAGCGGCGGCGGCGGCAGCGGCAGCUGUGCCAGCGGGUGGUUCAGCUGUGCCGACACUGUCGGCGGGGGCUGCUGUCCGACAGGAUUCGUGUGUGGUGCGAGCUGUACGGCGACGGCGUCUACGGCGACGGGAACGGUGGCCAAGGAGCAGGCAGGGAGUGCUGGAAACGCGGUAGCUCCCGAUGGUCUCUAUCUGAUGGGGGCAUUUCUGCUUAUUGGCGCUUUUCUCCUGUAAAUGAUUAGACGAUAACUAAUGACGAAUGAAAUGCUCAAG